AUGAUGGAGAAAGAGGAAUUAGAUAUUAUCCAAGCGGCAUCGGAGAACAACGUUGGAGCCGACAUUGUCGAGGCGGCAGCAGCGAAAGGUAUCCACGUCACAUCCGAAAAGCCGAUGGCGGCGCGUCUCUCGCAAGCAGAUCGGAUGCUUGCCGCAUCGGAGGACGCUGGCACCCUAUUGAUGGUGAACUGGCCCACUGCAUGGAGUCCACCGCUCAACACCUUAAUGAACCUCAUCAAAGAUGGCGCGAUUGGCGACGUAUUCUAUUUCAAGUGGCGUUCCGCGCACAACGGACCGAUGGAAAUCGGGUGCUCUCGCUACUUCUAUGAGUGGCUCUACGAUGAAGAGAAAAAUGGUGCAGGUGCGUUGAUGGAUUACUGCUGUUAUUGUGCUGAUAUGUGUGCCUACCUCCUCGGUCUGCCGCAACAGGUAACGGCGUUCCGCGGCACCUUUGUCAAGGACUACCCGAUUCCUGACGAUAACGCCGUCAUUCUCAUGAAAUACGGUAAUGCCUUCGGACUCACGGAAGCGUCUUGGACCCAAAAGGUUGGCUAUAUCACACCGAAUCCAGUGGUCUAUGGCACCGAGGGUGCGUUAAUGGUAAGCGGCAACGAAGUUCAUCUGCAUCCGGCAAAUGGUGCCGCUGAAGUGGUAACGCCUGAGCCACUCCCAGAGGGCAAACGCAACGCUGCGGAAUAUUUCAUCCGUUGUUUAGAGACAGGCGAACCGAUUGAAGGUUUAUGCAGUGCCAAAGUGAGCCGGGAUGCCCAAGAAAUCCUUGAAGCCGGACUGGUGUCGGCGGAUAGCGGGCAGGUCGUUAACUUACCUAUGUCAUAG